UUCCAGAUGACCACAUCCAAUGGUGAGCUGCUCGGUUUGGCCUUCAUGGCGUUCUUCAUUAUCACGCUGUCGUCAACGGCGCGCUAUUACUUCAAAUUCUUCUGCUUCGUCGCCUUUUCGGUAGUAUGCGCCGUCGGUCCAGUGCCGCUAAUGCUUCUCCGGCCCCGGGACUACCGGAACGCGCUAAUUCCAGCGUACUUGUGCGUCCGGUUCGGGAAGAUGCUCGGUGCGUCAUUUUCGGUCCGUGGCAAGGAAAACAUCAAUCGCAACCACGGAGGAAUCGUGAUGAUGAAUCACCAGAGCGCACUGGACUUAAUUGUUCUGGCGGAACUUUGGCCUAUCAUGGGACGGUCGACUGUGGUUGCGAAAAAGGAGGUCCUGUAUAUGUUCCCGUUCGGAACCGCCUGUUGGCUUUGGGGCACGCUGUUUAUCGAUCGACAGAAUCGUGAUUCAGCAAAGACCGUCAUCAACAAGGAGGCGAAGGCCAUCAACGAGAAGCAGGCGAAACUACUUUUCUUCCCGGAAGGAACACGGGGCAACGGGGACAAACUACUGCCAUUUAAGAAGGGUUCGUUCCACGUGGCCGUCGAAUCGCAGGCCUUCAUUCAACCGGUGGUCAUUUCGAAGUACCACUUUCUCAAGUCUAACGCAAAGAUUUUUAACCGAGGACAAAAUAUUAUCAAGAUUCUUCCGGAAAUUUCCUGUGCCGGGCUGACGAAGGACGACAUUCCAGCGCUGACGGAGCGCGUACAGAAGAUGAUGCAGCGGGAAUACGAGCUCCUCUCGGAGGAAUCGCUGGCGAUCAACAAUAUAAGCGAAGUGCAUUAGCUGAAGCAAUGUCGAUCAGAUAUCCCUUGGCCCGAGGGAAAGGAUGACACCAGGCAGUGGAAGCCGGUGUAUUAUUUUUCGAACUUUACUCCCCUUCUUCUCCCGUUUGGAUAAACUAUUUAUAUCGACGGACAGCAGCUGCGGCAUUAUAAUCAUCAUCCAUCGAAACAGAGAGAGAGAGAGAGAGAAUAAGUCAUCGCUUACGAGAAACAACAUAGUCAGGAAUUACCGUAUAGAAACCUCCUCAUACAGAGAGCUUAGUAGUGGCGAUUUGCUAAAAAACUUUUAAAAUUUAACAUUUACGAAAUACCACUGGCAUAGUUUCUCAUUAAUAGUUUCUUCCAGCACUCGGGGCUCCGAGGCAAACGCAAGCAAACGCAAACGCACAAUCCUACCUAAAAAAGUGAUCGUGCGAAAGCCGUUUCCGACAAAUUGUGUGUGCGUGGCUUGUACCAGUCCAUUUUCUAUCUUCGCCCGUUAGUGAAACGACUAUUGUUCCUGUAGCAAUAAGUAAUGUAGGGGGUAGCGAAGGCUUGCCCCCACUGGAAAAUCGAUACAAAUUUAGUAACACACAGUUAGAACACGCUGGGUGGAAUCCUAACUACUACUACUAAUAGUAGCCAUCAAUCAAAAAGAAGCAAACGAGUGCAAACUGCUUGUAAAUAGCGUACAAAGUACAUAUUUUAGCACGAUAAGAAUUUUAUCCAAGAGCAUAGGUUUAGGGAAGAGGGCUCGAACCGCGUCCUACAAAUGCGAGCAUGGGAAACGCACAAGCGACGUGAAAGGAGCGCAAAUACAAAACAAAAAUAUUAAAGCCUAGCGAGUCACCAGCAGCAAGCACACACAGACAAAAAACAAAACGGGUGCUCACAGUAAAUGGCGCAAGGAAAACAAACGUGACACGACGACGACGGUGUACGUUAAAUGUGAUAAUACAUUAAAACAAAGCGGAGCACACGAACACGACGAUCCCUCCUUGUUGCCUGAACACGGUAGGUUCACGACCUCCGUAACAAACUCGUGCAAAGGGAAAAAACACGUUAUUGUUCCCGAAGGAAAACCCGCUCGAAGCCGUACCCCAGUGUCGGGAUGGUCUCCUUGUUCAAAAGGAUGUUGGCACUAUCGUACGAAAGCGGCCUGGAUUCAUAAGUUGCUACUUAUUAAUUCUGAAGACAGUUCCCAUUGCGAGUUUCCCACUGCAUAAUGAAGCUCCUUCAGGGAUUUCUGUUGUCGAGGAUAAUCGUUCGAACGAAUAUAUAAGAACAGCUACAUGAUUAGGGGCACGUCCCACGAGACCGACCUUCUUCAGUUACAGAUUCCAUCCAUAGACGGUUUCCUUUGAAGGUGAAGCGCAUCGUCUGCUACCAUCUCUCAUCGAAGUUCUACUACGUUCUCGAGAAAAUAGUCUCAGUCUCUUCACCGGAACCGAAUGGAUGGCAACGUGGAAAUGAUAUAAAUUUUGCCUCUGAAAGCAAUAAAAAGGAUCAGUGCAAAAAAAAGGGAGGUGUCGCUGCGAUCGCCCACCGAAGGGGGAACUGGUGUGUGCAGAAUGGCUGGUGUGGUUUUUCCUCGCUUGGAAAUCGAUUGCAGUUUAGAACACAUCCGUAUUCUCGUCAUAGAAGAGAGAGAGAGUGAAGAAGAAAUAUCGGGUGGAAAAUAUUCUAUUAGUUGUUAGCUACACGU